ACGUGAGAACUCUGGCUAUAUGGCACAAAGUUGUCCAACUUUAACAACCGGACUCAAACGCGGUGCCUUCUCGGGCAGGCCUCAUGAAAGGGUCAGUUGGCUAACGUUAGCUGUUUGUUCUGAAAGUUGCCGAUAUGGCUACCAGGGAGACGUCUCAGCCGCGGCAGACUUACCGGCGUCCGGCGGCUGGCAUAAAGCAGGAGCAGGAUGAAGACUCGGACGCGGAGGAGACUCACAUGAUAAUGGGGCUGAGGAAGGCGGACGGACUGGAGCCUCAGAUCAUCCACAGUGGACACUUCAUGGUGUCGUCGCCGCACUGCGAGCACCCCCCGAAGAAGGGCUACGACUUUGACACCGUCAACAAACAGACCUGUCAGACGUAUCACUUCGGAAAAGCGAGCACGUCGCACAUCUCUAUAGACGCUUCCCUCACCAAACUCUUUGAGUGCAUGACUCUUGCCUACAGUGGAAAAUUAGUUUCUCCCAAAUGGAAGAACUUUAAAGGUCUCAAACUGCUCUGGAGGGACAAGAUCCGACUUAACAAUGCCAUAUGGAGAGCCUGGUACAUGCAGUAUGUUGAGAAAAGGGGAAAUCCUGUUUGUCACUUUGCAACGCCCCUGGAUGGAAACAUGGACUCAGAUGUUCAUCGUCCUGCAGAGGCUGUUGCUACAGAUGGAAAAGGCUGGAAAAGAAGAAUUGAAAUUGCCAUAAAAGAAUAUCAUAAAUGGAGAACAUAUUUUAAGAAAAGGCUGCAGAAGCACAAAGAUGAGGACCUCUCCAGCUUACUUAAGGAUGAAGAGUUUGCUUCACGCCGCGGGUCUCGUAAGCAUAAUGAAAUCCCCGCCCCGAUGGAGAUGGAGGACCCCCUCUUUGACAUGGACGUUCUGAUGUCAGAGUUUACAGACACCUUGUUCUCUACGCUGGCCUCGCACCAGCCCAUGGCCUGGCCGAACCCAAGAGAAAUUGCUCAUGCAGGGAAUGCAGACAUGAUCCAACCAGGACUCAUCCCCUUACAACCCAACCUCGACUUCAUGGACUCCUUCGAUCCACUACAAGACUUAUUUCACAGCCUCCGUCAGCCUGUCUUCCCCUCUGUUUCCCCCACUGCAUCAUCUGUCACCCCUCAACCCAACAGCAGCUCUCAGUUGCAGACUCCAUUAAUGUCCUCCCUGCAGCUCUCAAGCAACCACAUACCCCCAGCAGGCCCCCUGCCUCUUCCUGCACCCAUGGUCAGUCAGACCAGUCAAACAGAAGACGAUGGUGCUGGUGGAGCUGCAUAUGUACAGAACUUCGUGUCUCUAUUUGGUGGGGAGGUGGCGUCCAGCAGUCAGUCUGUAGUUUCUUCAGUCUCUCAGCCUUCACCUGAGGAUCCUCUGGCGCAGUGCCUUCCAGGCCAGAAUUUGGCUCCAGCAGCACCCAUGGUGCCUUUACCCUUGAACAACACCUCAGUGCUGGAUGAGGCAGUAACUCCUACUGUGAUCACACACACCGCCCCCUCUACUGUCACCCCCAGUGACACAGCCACCACCUUCAGCCACAUCUCUGCUCCUCCGUCCCAGCUCCAGCCUUUGGCUCCACUGCCGGCUUCUCACAAGCAGCAUCCUCAGGCUUUCGCUCUGCCUCGCUCUUUUCAGGCAAACACUUCCAGCAAAGUCCGUUCUGUGCAACGGUUCACUCCUGCUAAUUCUCUUCCUUCUACCCACCUCAUUUUCCCAGCCCCUUUCCCAGGUCAUCCCAGUUCUGUUUUUGGUACAUCCCCACCUACCACUGGAGUGGUCAUUACUACAUCCCAUUUUUCAGCGGCCUCUAGAUUGCCUCAUUCGCAGAAGUCUCCUCAGCCCAUUGUCCUAGAAGAGAAGUUGUUUUCUACUGGCCGACACAGUCAGAAAGAAACCUCUUCAGUUCACAAUCAGCAGGAAACCAGUCAAGGGUCGCCUUGUGGAUUUGAUCAAGUUCCCAGUCCGCAGUCAAUCAUCAUCAGCAGCUCAGCUUUGGUAAAGAAUGAGUACAAUCAGAACCGGAGGACAACCCACAUAUCUGCUGAACAAAAGAGGCGAUGCAACAUAAAUAUUGGCUUUAAGACACUCGGAAACCUUGUUCCCACUCUGAAGUCACAGUCGAACAUUACAAAUGCGGUCACGCUGCAAAAGACGGUGGAGCACAUCGGGAAGCUCCAGCAGGAGAGGCAGCAGAUACAGGAAGAGGUCAAGAGGCUACGAGAGGAGAUAGAGGAGCUCAAUGCUUCUAUUAGCUUGUGUCAGGAGCAGCUACCUGCGACAGGUGUGCCAGUGAGGCGGAACCGCUCAGACCACAUGCAGGACAAGUUCAGUGACUACGUAAAGACCCGCACUCUUCAGAACUGGAAGUUCUGGAUCUUCAGCAUCAUUAUCAAGCCCCUCUUUGAGUCUUUCAAUGGAAUGGUGUCGACCACGAGCAAGGCGGAGCUGUAUCAGACCACGCUGCAGUGGCUCGAUGAUCACUGCUCCCUCCCCGUCCUCAGACCCAUGGUUUUGAGUACGCUCCGCCAGCUGUGCACAACCACGUCCAUCCUGACCGAUCCCUCCCUGCUGCCUAAAGAAGCCGUCGAGGCUGCCACGCACACAGGUGACCCAAAAGUUAUCUGAACAUUUUUCACCUCAAUAAUUGGGAAAACGUAUCUAUCGUUCUUGUAAGACAUCUGAGGAAGUCGUCGUGUCUUCCAUCCAUACUGGAGAAAUCAAGAGAACCCUACGUGGGGCUGUGUUUCUUUGGCUCUUAAUGUGACGGUCGUUCAUAUGUUGACUGACAGGACUGAUGCAGUGACUACUUCGCCUUCUCCAGGUCACUGGUGCCCAUAUCCAGCCGUCACUGUGCG